AUGGAACAGCUGUGACUCGAGAAAACAGCACAACAAGACUAAGAAACCGAAGAGAUUAAACACGGUCCUUCACCCAUCGAACAAAUUCAGACAUCUGGUAUAGCUGCACUUGAUGUUAAGAAGCUUAAAGAUGUAGGUAUUUGUACUGUUGAAUCUGUUGCUUAUACUCCCAGGAAGGAUCUUUUGCAAAUCGAAGGUAUCAGUGAAGCCAAGGUUGACAAGAUCAUUGAAGCAGCUUCUAAGCUAGUGCCUAUGGGAUUUACUACUGCUAGUGAGCUCCAUGCCCAGCGAGAAUCGAUUAUUCAGAUACCCACUGGGUCAAGAGAGGUUGACAAGAUAUUAGAAGGAAGGUAAAUAUGCAAUUGUCACCGAUAGAUGGCAGAAGUUCAGUGACUAUCACUUGAUGUUGAAGUAAUGCAGUUUCUUGCCAACUUUGUGGAUGAUUUUCUGGUUCAUGGGGUUGAUGUUGAAGGAAACAGGUAC